UGGGGCGGGGAGGAUGGGAAUCCGUGAGCUAAGCUUGGAGUAGGAGGAAGGUGGAAGGGGUUUAGAGGAAGACGAGCCGGCUGGAAGGGAUGGGGGAAUCGAAUCGCCUGGGUCGCAGACCCCCGCUGCUGGCACACGCGGGUACCGCGGGAUCUGGCAGCUCCAGGGGUGGGAGCCAGCGUCCGUGCCCUGGGGGCUCCGCAGUCGCGGGGUGGGGCGCCUGGGGGACCCAGCUCAGCCUUACCUGUCUCGGCGCUCAUCUGGUGGUCAACCUGGAGGUGGUGGCUGCGGCGUACCAAACCUUUCUGGGCCCCCCAUCCCACGCCCCACCCUGGGUGGGGGGGUGGGGCGCCCAGGACCGGCCGGACCUGUGUGGCCCGGGGCCCGGGUUGCCUGGGGAGCCUGUCACCUCGAGAAGGCAGGCUCUUCCGGGGCUGGGACAGCUGUGGGCGGCAGGAUGCCACGAUGCCUGCAAACUCAUAAAUACCGCCGCCGCACGGGUGGCCAGAGACGCGCGUGCGGGCAGCUGGCGCCCCCGAGGCAUCCGGAUAACCGUCCUGCCUCCCUCCCCCCAGCAUUGCCUGCGCUCCCUCCACUCUGCCUCCCAGGCUCUUCGCGUGUUCCUGAUCUUCGCGCUGUUCCGGAACCUGAGCUACUGUGGACCCCUCCCCUCCCCCAUCUGUCCCUCGCCGUCCCCUUACCAUGCGCCUCCUUUGUCUCUGCUCGUCCUGCUGCUGUGUGCUCCUGUUUUUGUCCCUCGGAGUCCGGGGGGCCCCAGAGGCUCCCAGGGCCCCCCCUGAGCAAGUCCACCUGUCCUAUCCGGGUGAGCCAGGCUCCAUGACGGUGACCUGGACCACAUGGGUCCCCACCCACUCUGAAGUGCAGUUCGGCCUACAGUUGACGGGGCCCCUGCCCCUCCGGGCCCAAGGCACCUUCAGCCCCUUCGUGGAUGGGGGCGUGCUCCGGCGGAAGUUCUAUAUACACCGAGUCACGCUGCGGGGGCUGCUGCCGGGGGUCCAGUACGUUUACCGCUGCGGCAGUUCUCGGGGCUGGAGCCGUCGGUUCCGCUUCAGGGCCCUGAAGAACGGUCCCCACUGGAGUCCCCGCCUGGCUGUGUUUGGGGACCUGGGGGCUGACAACCCAAAGGCCUUACCCCGGCUGCGCAGGGACACCCAGCAGGGCAUGUACGAUGCUGUUCUCCAUGUGGGAGACUUUGCCUACAACAUGGAUCAGGACAAUGCUCGCGUCGGCGACAAGUUCAUGCGGCUCAUCGAACCUGUGGCCGCCAGUCUGCCCUACAUGACCUGCCCUGGGAAUCAUGAAGAGCGCUACAACUUCUCUCACUACAAGGCUCGCUUCAGCAUGCCGGGGAACAACCAAGGCCUGUGGUACAGCUGGGAUCUGGGCCCCGCGCACAUCAUCUCCUUCUCCACCGAAGUGUAUUUCUUCCUCAAUUAUGGCCGCCACCUCGUAGAGAGACAGUUCCACUGGCUGGAGAGCGACCUCCAGAAAGCCAAUAAGAACCGGGCGGCCCGGCCGUGGAUCAUCACCAUGGGCCACCGGCCCAUGUACUGUUCCAAUGCAGACUUGGACGACUGUACAUGGCACGAAAGCAAGGUUCGCAAAGGCCUCCUUGGCAAGUUGUAUGGGUUGGAGGACCUUUUCUACAAACACGGGGUCGACCUGCAGCUGUGGGCUCACGAGCACUCGUACGAACGGCUGUGGCCCAUUUACGACUACCAGGUGUUUAAUGGCAGCCGAGAGAUGCCGUAUACCAACCCCCGAGGCCCCGUCCACAUCAUCACUGGAUCUGCUGGCUGUGAGGAGCGGCUGACCCCCUUCUCCCUCUUCCCACGGCCCUGGAGCGCCUUGCGCGUGAAAGAGUACGGGUACACGCGGCUGCACAUCCUCAAUGGAAGCCACAUCCACAUCCAGCAGGUGUCCGACGACCAGGACGGGAAGAUUGUGGACGACGUCUGGGUGGUGAGACCCCUGCUUGGCCGGAUGAUGUACCUCUAGGCCCAGGGGCAGCCCUGGUCAGGAGCCCUGGGCCUUGCUGCCUUGGCUAGUGUGACCGGACGCUGCCCAGGCCCGGGUGGAGAGUCAGGGCGGGCCUUGUCUCCCAGCCCUUCUGAGGCCCCAUGUGGGGUGGACACAGCCCUCGGGGAGCUGGGGCCGCUCUCCCCUCCUGGAGAGGUGGGGGUGCCCUCUGGCUGUAAGGAGAGGGCAGGUGUACAGGAACCGAGCGAGGCGGGCGCUGGGCAGCCCUGCUCUCCUGCAUAGCACUGACGGGGCGGGCCGCCCACGGGGCCUCUGGAAUAAAGAGGCUCAUCGCUGCGA